UUUUCAAUGCACUAGAAAAGUAUUCAUACUUUCAACAAUAUUCUAUAAUCAUGAAAAGCAAUCGGGAUAGUAAAUUGUUGAUCAACACAAAUAUCAACUUGAUCAGUAUUCCACCAUCUUCAAGGGCAUCCUUCAAGAAUGAUGGGCUGGAACAGCUCAAAGCUGGUGCCAGCAUGGUGCACUACAGCGAACACAUUGUGGAGGAGAUACUGGCCGAGAUGUUUGCGGAGCGUCGGGGACACUUUCCGGAAACGUCCUCAUCUUGUGAAAAAGACCAGGUGAACAUGGCACAGCAUGCAACUGAGCAGCACGUGGACAGGCGUCUCAAAUACUGGCGCGAAAUGCUGCUGAAGCGUCGCCGAAUGCAGAAACGCGUCGAGAUCCAGACUGGAAAAAGUCCGGAGGAGGUGCUAUUCAAUCGCCGCUCCACAUUGGAAAGUCGCAACAAGGAGACGGUCUUGCGUAUCAUGGACUAUGCAGAGCGUUUGCAACCAGAAAAUCUAGUAACCAAGCCAGUCAGUCAGCUGAAGGAGAUCGAGAAUCGCUGCGCAUAUCUGGGACCCAUCAAGGAAACAUGGCCGCAAGCGGAGCAGCUCGGUGUCAAAAAUGUCGAAAUAAUUGGAUUGCCUAGUGUAAUACAGACUGAACUACUGGGCAGCGAGGCUGCCAAUAGGAAGCUGCAACAUAGCUGGAUGAAGUCCGAUGUGCUGGACGGACGCAUAAGUGAGCGCUUCGAUGAUGUACGCCAGGUGAUCGAGUUCUUUCCCGAUCUGGAUAAGCUUCAAGUAACAGGCAGAAGCAUUGAACAACUAAGACCCAUUCAACGAACUGUGCUGCUUAAAGAGGAGCAUCUGGUAACAGUCACGACCAGUUCGGAUGAAAUGUGCUCGGAGGAGCAAUAUUGCGAAGGCUGGACAGAGCCACUAGUAUCGGAGUUGGAACCGACGUCGGUGCCAGAGCCACCAGAGUUGGGACUCAGUGUAAAUGGCAAGGACUAUAUUGUAUAUGAGAAGGGAUUCACUGAAUGCCUUGAUAUGCUCACUAAAUUUAAAUGCGAUCCCUUUCAAAGACGCAUAAAGCUUGUGCUCAAGUUAAAAAACAUUGGGAAGCAAAUGUUGUCCUUUAGCUGGACCCAAGGUGUAUAUUACUACAAUUGCGGUAAACUGCUGCUCGCCCAGGACAAUGAGUUUCAUUUUGACACUGACAACUUUCGGCUAAAAUGCGGUGAAUCCUAUAAUCUGAUGGUCAUGUACCAGCCACGCAAGGUUAGCAUGGCCGUGGAGCUAUGGCGUCUGCAGGUGGAACCGCGCAUCUUCUGUGGUAAGCAGGAGUCGCUACAAUUGCGCUUCCACGGACGCUGCACCCCACCCAAGGAGUACAUGGCCAGGCUAAAGGAGCUCCAUUCCGUGGCCAUGUGCAAAGCGAAUAUCAUUGUGAUGAAGGAGCUGACGACUCACUUGGCGGAAAUUGUGCCUCUAAUAGAGCCACCGCCCGCCUGUUGCCCCUACGACCGGGCCAUCGAUGUGCGUGAGUUGUUCAAUUCAUUAAAUCCGGGCUACAACUGCAUCAGGUUCGAUGAUCUGGAGGUGCUCAAAGGCAUGCACAAGCAGCUUAAAAAACCACGGGAGCCCCAUUGGGAUUUUCGCUUGGACACCAUCAAGAUGCUUAUCAUGCGCAUCGAGAGCUUUGACCGACGCGAGGAAAUGUUUGCCAGUUUGAUGGUUCUUUUGGAACCGCUCUUUGGACCUGCUCCCAGUUUGGAAUACCUGAGCCAAUUGGAUACGCAGAAACAGCGCACUAGAUUUAUUUUUGUACGUGGAGUCAUUUGUAAUGGCAUCGAGGAAUGGGAGGAUCUUGUCUUUACCACCGAGGAGUCAUUCUACAAACCAGAGUUACAACGCUAUUAUAUGCACCUGCUGGAGGAGGCCGAAGAGGAAGAUGUCGUUGAGGGAAUUCCGCGAUCCAAAAUGAAACUAUCUUCAAAUUUGGACGUCGAAGAACUGGCCGAUCAUUUUGAUGAGAAAGCCCAUACUGCAGUUUUCAGGAAAUUGAUUCACUCCAAAUUCUUUCGAGAUGCGCUCUACAUGCAAACUUAUUCGCAUCUGUGCAAUAUUGCUGAGAACGUUGUUUCCGUCAUUGAAAGUACUGAUGUUGUGCCCACUUGAGGACCUAUAAUAGCUAACUCCAAGAAAAUCACAUUGAUUUGUAAAUACGACCUUCAACCAUAUUCUUUAAUUAAUACAAUCUGCAAAUUUCAGUUCUGCAAUAUUA